AUGAUGAUGAUGGAGAAAGUGGAGCAACUGUACAGAGAAAAAGAAGAACUGAUAAAGAAACUCGAAGAAGAGAAAGAGAGAAUGAAGAUGAUGAUGGAGGAAGAACGACAGAAUAAUGACAAAGAGAGAAAGAGAAGAGAAAAAGAGUUUCAUGAGAAAGAAGAACGAUAUAAAAUGCAAAUGAAAGAGAAAGAGAGAGAGAUCUAUGAGAUGAAGAGAGAACAAAAUGAAUGGGAGAAACUAGAGGAAAAAACAAGAAGAGAAGAAGAAGAUAAUAAAAGAAGAGAGAAAGAACAGAGAGUUUAUUAUGAAUUUAACCAGAGACUGAAACAAGAGAUUGAGAGAAUGGGAAGAGAAAAAAACAAGAUGAAGAUCCUGAUGGAGAAACUGAACAGAGAAAGAGAAGAACUGAUGAAAAAACUAGAAGAAGAGAAAGAGAGAAUGAAGAUGAUGAUGGAGGAAGAACGACAGAAUAAUGACAAAGAGAGAAAGAGAAGAGAAGAAAAGUUUAAUGAGAGAGAAGAACAAUAUAAAAGAGAAAUGAAAGAGAAAGAAGAGAGUGAGGAAAAGAUCCAUGAGGAGAUGAAGAGAGAAAGAGAGGAAUGGGAGACACAGAAACUGGAGGAAAAGAUGCAGAGAGAAGAAGAGGAUGAGAAAAGAAGAGAGAAAGAACAGAGAGAUUUGCAUGCAUUUAAACAGAGACUAAAACAAGAAAGAGAGAGAAUGGAAAGAGAGAAAAAAGAUCUUCAA